AUGGCCAAUUCCUCGGACACAGCUGCAGGGCCAGGAGAUUGGAAUGAGUUUCAAACCGACGAGAGCCAACGCCAGCGGAUAAACCUUCCUCCUCUCUCCCUCCUCGGGACCCCAGAGAAGGAUCCAGCAUCCGCUCUGACAUUCAUGGAAGACCUCUCCUCCUUGGAGAGACCCCGCCCCACGCUGGGCCCAGCUGCGCUGGCCAGUGUGGCCCCUCAACCACAGUGGCAGCAUGACACCAGCCUGCUGCCGAUUGGACGGGGACGGGACGCUCUCCUCCAAUCGUCUGGCAGACACCUGUCCUACUUGGAGAAGGGCAGUGUGCUGCUGGCCUUCUGCCCCCAGGUCCUGAGCUGCGUGUGGGCCAGUGGGCUGCCAUUGGGGUACCUGGGGAAGGCUCCCCUGAGCCUCCUCCACGGGGUCUCCUUCUUCCUCAUCCAGAUGGUGAUUGGGGUAGAGGAGAGGAGGGGGUGUGCCUACCUGGAGGCCUUCACCUGCCUCUUCCAUCCCGGCCCCUGA